GUCGGGGGAAUAUUUUCGGGGCCGCGACCCGAAGGGGGAGACUAAGAUGGCGGAGUGAAGAGCGAGGUGGAAUCUGCUGAAGGCUUGUAGCCCUUGCCUCUUGUUCAGGAUCAGGAUGUGGCACGAAGCGCGGAAACAUGAGCGCAAGCUGCGUGGGAUGAUGGUUGACUACAAGAAGCGAGCAGAGCGGCGCAGAGAGUACUAUGAGAAGAUUAAGAAAGACCCGGCGCAGUUCCUGCAGGUUCACGGUCGAGCUUGUAAGAUCCACCUGGACUCUGCUGUGGCACUUGCUGCAGAAAGCCCCCUCAACAUGAUGCCGUGGCAAGGCGACACAAACAACAUGAUCGAUCGAUUCGAUGUCCGUGCACAUCUGGAUUAUAUUCCCGAGUAUACUCCACCUUUCCUAAGUGCUCUCUCCCCAGAACAUGACAACGAUGAACGGAAAUGUAAUUAUGAGCGAUACCGAGGUUUGGUUCAGAACGAUUUUGCAGGCAUUGCUGAGGAGCAGUGCCUAUACCAGAUCUACAUCGAUGAGCUAUACGGAGGCAUGCAGAAGCCUAAUGAAGAUGAGAAGAAGAAGUUAGCAGAGAAGAAAGCAUCGAUUGGCUACACUUACGAUGACUGCUCAGUAACUACAGAUGAGAAGGCAGAGGAGAAAGAUGAAGACUACGAGGAUGACUCAGAUGAGAAGAGUGAUUCUGAUGAAGAGAUACCAGACAUAGAUGUUGAAGUGGACGUUGAUGAAUUAAACACUGAACAGACCUUGGAGCUGAACAAACUUGCUACCACUUAUGGGAUGUCUGAAGGCGACUUUGUCAGGAUGCUUCGGAAAGACAAAGAAGAAGUGGAGGCAAUAAAACAUGCCAAAGCCCUGGAGGAAGAGAAGGCAAUGUACUCGGGACGAAGGUCUCGUCGCCAGCGGAGAGAAUUCAGAGAGAAGCGCUUGAAGGGGAGAAAAAUCAGCCCACCCAGUUACGCUAGGAGAGACAGCCCAACUUAUGACCCAUAUAAAAGGUCACAGUCUGAGUCCAGCUCAGGGACGAGAUCACGGUCGCGAUCGAACUCGCCUACCCAUGAGGAGAAGAUCACCUACAUCACAAGCUUUGGCGGCAGUGAGGACGAGGGCGGAUCGAUGGCGCAGACUGGGGUGACCUCUGCCAAGGCCCCAGUAGGCAGGCAUCGGAACUCCAACACGCAGCAGGGCUCUGGCACAGGUCAUGCCAGCUCCUCCCGGCGCCGCUCCUCUUCCUCUUCCUCAUCACAGUCUCGAUCAGGCUCUCGCAGCCACCGAUCCCACGGGCACCGGCGGACGAGGGGCUACUCCCGCUCCCGGUCCCGCUCACGCAACAGGCACUACUCGCGAUCGUAUGGCCGCUACACCAGAGGAGGGUCCCGAGACGGGCGCCACUGCUCCCGCUCACACUCACGCUCGGCUGACAGGACACGCUACAUCAGCUCCCGCAGUCGUGGCAGGAGAUCCAGGUCCCGGAGUCACUCGCGUUCGGAUGACCGUUACCGCAGAAGCAGCAGAGGAAGCUACAGCUUGAGCCGACGGAGGAGUAGCAGCAGUCGGAGCAGCAGCGACAGCCUGAGCCGCUCGCAGAGCCAGAGCAAGUCUCUGUCCCCCGUUAAAGAGAGCCUGGGGAAGGUGGCUGCAUCACCUGCCAUGGGCGAAAAACUGAAAAAGUCUGACACUCCUGUGGGUAAAGAGUCCGGAGCUGCCAAACCGAAGCUAACGCCACAGGAGAAACUGAAGCUUCGCAUGCAGAAGGCACUGAAUAAGCAAUUUAAAGCAGACAAGAAGGCUGCGCAGGAGAAGCAGCUACAGCAGGAGCAGGAGCGACAGGAACGGGAGGACGAGCUGCGAGCAAUGGCUCGGAAAAUUCGCCUGAAGGAGAGGGAACGCAGAGACAAGGAACGAGAUGAGUGGGAGAAGGAGUACCCGAGGAGAAGUCGCUCUUCCUCGCCGAGAUACGGUCGUGAUUACAGCAGUUCAUCACGGAGGCGUUCUCGUUCGCAUUCGAGGAGCCCGCACCACCGCCAUUAGAGACGGCAGAAACCUACUCCGGUUACUGUUCCUUAGAACCAAGUGAUGACCCGGCACCAUCUGCUAGAACAGGAGGAGCCAGAUAUGUGUGCGUAUGUGUGUGUGUGUGCGUGUGGCUUGCACAUCAAUAGAAUCCAACAAUUAGUUUCAGCUUCUUCUUCCUACCCCAAUAUGAACCACCAGGAGCUGGAACCUACGGGGAUGUGUAGUUGCCAGCUGUCCCCUGGAGCAUUGACGGACAGACUAGCUGGACAGUAAGUACCUGCGAUCAUUGCUGUUUCUCCAGCAGGCCUUCAGCUCCAGUCAGUGAUGGCAACUUUGUAGUGCAUGUGUGUGUGUUGUGUGAGUGCACAAACAAUACAUUUAUGUGUGCGUGUGUGUGUGUUGUUGUUGAAGCCCACGUUCUGAGCUCCCCCUGUACUGUGUGUGCUUUGAUGCAGGUGCCCCAGUUUGCAGGGUCAUAUACCCUUCAGUGAAUAUGCAUCUUCAAGCCUCCCCAGAGACCAGGCAAUGUGACCAAUAGUGCUGACUGGCACAUUGAGUAAUGUUUGGUUUUCCUUUCCCAUUGAUGGACUCAGAUAGUUUCUUCCCCCAGCUGACUCAGUUGCCUGGGACUCUUCCUCCUCCCAAUGCCAGUCAUAUUUUGAGUCCAGGGCCGUCCUGGAGUCCAAGUCAGACUUGCAUCCAUCCAGAGAAUCCUCUGGCCCAACUAGGUCAGCAGCCACUGUCCACUCUGUGUGCACAGGCACUCAACUGCCGCAGCCCAGGUUCUACUGCUCUUCCCUGAAUAACCUCGGCAACGAAUCCCUGUAACAAUGCUCCACGGACCAGACAGGAAACAAAGAUGCACAGGAACUAGCUGGUUCAGCACCCUAGAUUGCUGGCCCCUCUUGGAGGAAGCACCUGCCUUGGUUUGGACGAUGUGGGUUUGUCCGACAGUCAUGCCUGUCAGUUCUUUUUUUUUUAAAACUUUUUUUUCUAGAAGACCAUCCUUAGUGUUUGUGAGCAGAAGUUUUAUCAUGGUCAGUCAGCCUAAUCCCAGACAGGGAUCUUUGAUGCUUAUUGCUGUGAGAGAGGUACCAACUCUGCCCAUUUAUCCUCUCUGAAACAUGAUUACUGUGCCAGCUUACUUGGCAUCUCAAACACUGCCUUGGGAUUAAAUUCCACUCUGUCUGGAAGUUUGACACUUCUCACAUAGAUCCCAUUCUUCCCAUCCUCCUCUUUGUUGGCCUAAGUAACUCUGGUUGUAUUAACAAGUGGGUUUGCAUUGUGUUCAGUCUCUAAUCAAUCCAGGGAGGGACUCUUGUGAACCUGCGAUACUGUGGUCUUAUAUUCUCGCUGUACUCAUCACUCCUGUGGGAGAUCCGUUUCUGAUCAACCACUCUUUGGAGGCAAACGUUAAAACUUUCUAUGGAGUUUGUCUUGUACAGUUUGUAAUUUUUGCUGCAGUUUCUGUAAAUUUAUCUACCUUAAACAAAAAUAAAAGUUUUUCUUAUCAUCAGA